AAGCUAUCGAAGUGCUGUCCCGGUGUUUGGAAGCCGUACGGGUCUGGAUGGGGAGAAACAGGCUCAAGCUCAAUCCCUCCAAGACAGAGUGGCUGUGGAUGCCGGCAUCUCGGUACAGUCAGCUGAGUCCGCGGCUGACUGUCGGGAGCGAGUCAUUGGCCCCGAUGGAGAGGGUGCGCAAUUUGGGCGUUCUCCUGGAUGAACGGCUGUCUUUUGAUGAACACCUGGCGGCCGUCUCCAGGAGAGCUUUCCACCAGGUUCGCCUGGUGCGCCAAUUGCGCCCCUUUCUAGACCGGGAUGCCUUGUGCACAGUCACUCACGCCCUUGUGACGUCUCGUCUGGAUUACUGCAAUGCUCUCUACAUGGGGCUCCCCUUGAGGGGCAUCCGGAGGCUACAGUUAGUCCAGAACGCAGCUGCGCGGGUGAUAGAGGGAGCCCCCCGUGGCUCCCGAGUGACACCCAUCCUGCGCAGGCUGCACUGGCUGCCUGUGGCCUUCCGGGUGCGCUUCAAGGUUUUGGUGAACGUCUUUAAAGCGCUCCAUGGCAUAGGGCCGGGUUACUUACGGGACCGCCUGCUGCUACCGAAUACCUCUCACCGACCCGUGCGCUCUCACAGAGAGGGACUCCUCAGGGUGCCGUCGGCGCGACAGUGUCGUCUGGCGACGCCCAGGGGAAGGGCCUUCUCUGUGGGGGCUCCCGCCCUCUGGAACGAACUCCCCCCAGGACUUCGCCAACUUCCGGACCUCCGAACCUUUCGCCGCGAGCUUAAAACCUACCUAUUCAUCUGCGCUGGCCUGGCCUUUCCUCGCAGCCGCUGCUCCGUUUUUCCACCCCUUUUUAGCUAAAAUCAGCCCC